AUGCCUACGUUCAUCAUGUCUUUCAUCGUCGUCACUUUUGAUGCCGAUUUUGCUUACCUUCUCUCCAAACACCCCAGCAUCUUUCGUGUUGCAGCCGCUCUGGAGUCCGCGGUGAUGCGUCCGGCAGACCACCGACGUCAUUUGGAGCCCUCUGCUGCUGUCCUCUCUACCGCCCCCGCCGCUUCCUCGGUUAACGAAUUUCCGCUGCAUGAAUUGGUUGCAUGGCUGCAUAAAUUUGUCGAGAAGGUCGGUGCCGAGAACCUCCUUGCGGAAAAGUGCAUUAGUGACCUACAGGACAAAAUCGAGGGAAUAAUGGAAGGUCAUUUAAUGAAUCUUGCCGAUGUCUACACAGAGGUCAAGAAGAUUCCUAAGACGAAAAAGAGUCUGCUAAACCUCGGCGGAUACGAUUGCCUGCCUUGUCAACUACUUGCCGACGGACGCGCCGAACGUGGCGAUUGGCCGCAAGUGGAUGACUUGCUUAGUUCUCAAGCGGGGGCCUUAGUGGCUGUUUCCUCCUCUUCUUCCUCACUGCCGAGAGACCUGCUGAGUGACGACUUGGAAAAUAGCGGCAAUUUCGGUCGCGCUCUCUUGCCAGCCCAAGGCGCCCUCUUUGUCACAAAUUAUCGUGUCAUCUUCAUUGGUGUACCCAAGGACCCCUACCGUAAGUUCUUGGGAUUCCUGCCUGAUCUGCUUUUGGAUGAAACUAACAACAGCUGCAGUAUGUUCUAUAAACUGAGGACACUUUAA